CUUGAAACUGGACUUUUGAUAUUGCGGUUUAAAAAGAUGUCGCUGAAUCGGAGCAUCGGCAGCGCAGAGUACAUGAAGAAAAAGAUACCGAAAAACGCAAAGUAUGAGCAUGUGAAAACGAGGCUUGACACAGGAUGUAGUCUCACGAAGUAUAUGGAAAGACUGGAGGAGAUUAAAAAAAAUUACAGGUAUCGAAAAGAUGAAAUCUUCAAACGAUUAAAAGUGACAACAUUUGCACAACUGAUACUGCAGGUGGCCUCUGUUUCCGACCUGAAUGAAAAUGAGAAAGAUAGUGAAUCUCACAGUCCAGAAGAUGGCCUGCGGUUGGAGUCUGGAGGAGACUCAGAGUUUGCGUCUGAACACACCAAUGGCUCUUUGCUGACAUCAGUCCUGUCAGACUGUCAGGAGACAGGAGACGCCAAUGAAGUCUGCUACACUGCUAGGUCAACUCUUCUAAGUGUCAUUAGUGGUGUGGGAGAGCUGAAUAUAGACAGGAACAAUCAAAAGAUGGCAAGUGAGUUGGUGUCCAGCCCAGAGCCAACUGACAGGCCCUACACCGAUUGCCCCUACCUGCUGCUGGAUGUGAGAGAUCGUGACGAGUAUGACUGCUGCCACAUCAUUAGCGCACACAGUUUUCCCAUUGCCAUGCUAUCUCGGACAAUGAACCCCUACACUAAAGAAGUGCUGGAAUACAAAAAUGCCCCAGGGAAGAUCAUCAUUGUAUAUGAUGAGGAUGAGAGAAUAGCUAGCCAGGCAGCUACCACCAUGUGUGAACGAGGGUUUGAGAAUCUGUUUAUGCUCAGUGGAGGUCUCAGAGUAAUCGCUCAGAAAUUUCAAAGCGGUAUGACAACAGGCUCCAUCCCCGCCUCAUGCCUGUCCUCUCCUACAUCAUCAAAAGGGAAAAAAUGCAACGCGUCACAGCAUCCGGCACAGGCAGCAGAGAAGAGGUGGCGGUUCACAUCAGACGAGCUGGCCAAGAUCCAGGAACAGCUGGAGGAAAUACUCAUCCCCAGUAACUCUAACAGUCGAAUGUCCAGUCGAAUGUCAACCAGCAGUGCCCGAUCUACUGCAUCAAGUCGUCACAGUUCCUCUACAAGUGGUAGAGGCAGUGCGCGAGUUCAGAGCAGUAGAUCCUGGAAAUAACCCCACUCCUUUCUUAACCACAGAUGUUAACAAAUAUACCUCUAAAUAAGAGUCCACGUCUUUCAGUUAAAUCUAGCAUUCAGCUGGAUCAAGUAUCAUUUGUGGAAAAAACUAAAUAACUAAAUAAAAAUUCAGCUUUGCUCCAGAAUUUUCUCUGAAUGCUAACAUUUCCCUUAAAUAUAUUUCUGUAUGUUGGAAAUGUCAUGCUAAUCACUUUACAACCAGCACACUAGUAAGACGUUCACAUCUGGAUAGUUGUGUGACUCUGCAUAUGAAAAAUAUGUUAGGAACAACACAGAUGUUUUAUUUGAGACUCUGAAUGGUUUCCAAUGGAUUUCUUAACAGUGCUUCAAAGUGAACCUGAGAUCAAAGGACUUUUGUCACACUUAUAACACUAUUCAUCAGUUUUCACCAGCUAAUAAAUCUGCACAAAUAAAUCUCUGCAUGGUCUGGUCAUAUUUGGUAUUUCUGCUGGAGCCAGGAAAAAAAAUAAUGUUAAUAUGACAUGAAGCAUAUGCUGGAAAUCUCUUUAUGAAAUGAAGUGUAAUGUAUUGCACAAGUGAUGUUAUAGAGUUUAAUCCAGUUUGUUAGGUUUUGAAAAGUUGUGCUGUAUUUUUGUAACUUUUGUCUUUCUAUUAUGACAGUUCACCAACAGUCUUUAACUGCAGUUUCAGCAUUUUAGUGUAUUUUUUAAAUCUUUUUGUGAGUUUGUCAAAAGUACUGUGAAAUGUUCACAUUGUGUGAUUAAUGGAAACCUUCACACUGACAUGCAUGACACAGAUCAGUCACUAAAGAAAAUAUAUGAACGUGUUUGUCGUGGCCAGAGCAUAUUUAUUACAAGCAUUGCCUACAUCUUAAGAGCAAUAUUAAAAAUAAUACUUUUUGUGGCCUGUUGUUUGCAUGUUAGUGACUUUACAUGUGCUUUCCCUGUCAAGUGCAUUUUUUCUAACCCAUCUUUUCACCAUCUGUCUUAAAUUGUUUACAUGAUUUUAUUUGUAAUGAAUAUCAAAUAAAGGGUAAAAUGGUUUUCCUGUAUCUUUUUUGUUUGUUUAUUUGACCCACCACCUACUUUCACAUAGGUACUUCUGUGGUUUCAUCUGAGAUGCAUAAAAUUACCUUUUGUAUUUAAAAUGUCACAUACAUUAUAUGUACAACUGCAGUGGUGAAUGUUUAUAUUAAA